AUGCAAGGGCUGGAGAACCCUAGCACGGAGUCGUUGCAUUGUGAGAGCGACAGCAUGCCGCGGGGGAAGGAACAGUACGACGAUGACGAUUGGGACGAUGGAUACGACGAUGAUGACUAUGACGAAGACGAGGACGACUAUGACGAGUACGAGGAGGCAGGCCGGCUGCAGGCGAAAUCUCAAAAAGGCGGAAAGCAACAACCGCAACCGAAGCAACCACAAGCGAAGCAGCCACAAGCGAAGCAGCCAGCUCAGCAGAAACCGCAGCAGCAACAGGCAGGGGGGAAGGCUGGAUCCAAAUCACCCGUUACCCUCCCACUGACUCCUCCCAACAAAGCGGAGACCCCUUCCGGCGGGUCCGCCGCGAUUGGCGGAUCCGCAGCGAGCGGCGGCGGCGCAGGCGGAACGUGGAGGUGCGCGGCGUGCACGUUCGACAACCCGCCGCUCUUCCUCGCGUGCGACGUCUGCAGCGCCGCCAGACCCGCUCAACAAGAGCCAUUCGAUUUCUCCACUCCUUCACCCGAUGAUGCCAUUCAAUCCGCCUUGAAAGGGGGACACGUGGCACCACGUGCUGCUGCCACGUCAGCAGCCGUGCCUGCUUCCUCGGCUGCAACCACUCAGGCGAAAAACGCCAACAGCAGCAGCAGCCGCUCGUCCAGUUCAGCAUCCCCUGCUGCUGACGUGGCUGUUGCAGGCGUUGGUAAAAUUCAGAUUGCAGAAGGAAGCAAGAAGGAAGCUUCGCCCAGUGCUUCCAGAACUGGUGUUAGCGCAACUUCUGCAACUGCUACAGCUGCUACAGCCACAGCAGCCGCUGCAGGGGGGGGAGAGGGAGGAGGGGAGGGCAAGGGAGGGGAGGAUGAGGAGACGAGGAGAAAGAAAGCUUUAGAGGCGUAUGAAGCAGAGGGAUGGAUUAAGGAGGGAAUGAAAGAAGGAGAUGGAAAGCCGACCCUGCACCUCAUUGUGUUAGGUCAUGUGGAUGCGGGCAAGUCCACCAUCAUGGGCCAUCUGUUGCACAAGCUGGGGCGGGUCUCGAACAAGGAGAUGCAUCGCGUUCAGAGGGAUGCCGCCAACCAGGGCAAGGGGUCGUUCGCGUUCGCGUGGGUGUUGGAUGAGAGCAGCGAGGAGCGGGCAAGAGGUGUUACUAUGUCCGUUGCCAUGUCAAGAUUCGAGACUCUAAAGCUGAACGUGGUUCUGCUAGAUGCGCCAGGCCACAGGGAUUUUGUGCCGUCUAUGAUUGCCGGCACUGCACAGGCCGAUGCAGCCCUUCUUGUAAUAGAUGCCACACCCGGCGCCUUUGAAGCGGGAAUGGGGGGAGGGCAGGGGGGAGAGGACGUGGGGCAGAGCAAGGAGCACGCGCAGAUCGCCAGGAGCCUGGGGGUGGAGCAGCUGUGCGUCGUGGUGAACAAAAUGGACGCUGCAGGGUUCGACCAGGGCGAGUUUGAGCGCAUCAAAGGGGUGCUGGGGCCGUUCCUGACCCGGCAGUGCGGGUUCCGGGACGGUGGAGUGCGGUGGGUGCCCCUGAGUGGGCUCCAAGGGGAGAAUCUGGACAGCCCCCCGACUGACGAUCGGCUGAAGUCAUGGUACACGGGACCAACUCUCCUAGAGGCCGUUGAUUCCUUCUCCCCCCCUCCCCGCGCCCUCAACCGCCCACUGCGCCUGGCCAUAGCCGAAGUGCUCAAAACGAGGGGGCUGGGGCAGGCAGGCGUGGCUGGGAAGGUGGAGUGUGGCGCCAUGCGACCCGGUACCAAGGUUCUUGUUAUGCCGGGCUCUUUCCAGGCAACAGUGAAGGCCCUAGAGAGGGACGAAUCGCCGGUGGCAGCAGCAUGGGCGGGGGAGAGCGUGGACGUGGGGCUUCAGGGCGUGGAGGCCAAUCAGCUGCUGCCAGGUGGCGUCCUGUGCCACCCGGACUACCCCAUCCCUGUAGCUACUAGGGUGGAGGCGCGCCUUCUCACUCUCGACCUCAAGAUCCCUCUGCUGAGAGGCACCAAUGCCAUUCUACAUGCGCAUGCAGCCAAGGAGGCAUGUCGCAUUGCUGCCCUGACAGCCAUUCUCGAUGCCAAGACUGGCGAUAUUGCCCGGGCCAAGCCCAGAGCCGUGGGGUCCAACCAGAGCGCCAUUGUGGAGUUGUCUCUGGACCAGGGUCUGUUAUGA